CACCAUCUGCGCAAAUCAUAGAUCCAUCAUACCUCAUACCUCAACACUGCCUGCGUGGCCACUAACGGUUAAAAUGGGAUGUUUGCAUUGAGCCUUGAGAGAAAGGAACGUUCAGUUUGCGCAAACUCGGAGAACACGCCGAGGCUCGUUGGCGCAGCGCUGUAUCCGCUCAUUUCGUGAUGCUCGGUGCGUGGCGCGUGCGUGGCGUCGCGUAGCCCAGCGCAGUGUGUGCGUUUGUGUGUGUGUUUGGAGAAGACGGAUCGUUCGCUUCGAAAUUACAUCCACACGCGCCGGGGAAAAGGUUUACCUACUAAAAGAAGCGGAAUCUAAGGAGACUCCCUAGGUGCUCAGGCAAAAAAAUCUUAAAGGUCCCGGGCGGUUUGUUCAGCACCAGUAACCUACACACUUCCACUAAACCCAAUCCCAGUUUACUGGAAGAUCAUGGGGAAACAGAACAGUAAGCUAACCCCUGAGGUGAUGGAGGACCUGGUGAAGAACACAGAAUUUAAUGAACAUGAGCUCAAGCAGUGGUACAAGGGCUUCCUGAAAGAUUGUCCCAGUGGCAAACUAAACCUGGAUGAAUUCCAGCAAUUGUAUGUUAAGUUCUUCCCUUAUGGUGAUGCAUCAAAGUUUGCACAGCAUGCCUUCAGAACCUUUGAUAAGAAUGGGGAUGGUACUAUUGACUUCAGAGAGUUCAUUUGUGCCCUGUCCAUCACAUCACGAGGAAGCUUUGAGCAGAAGCUUAACUGGGCCUUCAACAUGUAUGACCUAGAUGGAGAUGGCAAAAUCACUCGAGUUGAAAUGUUGGAAAUUAUAGAGGCAAUUUACAAAAUGGUUGGCACUGUGAUCAUGAUGAAGAUGAAUGAAGACGGCCUAACACCAGAACAGAGGGUGGAUAGAAUCUUUAGCAAGAUGGAUAAGAACAACGACGACCAAAUCACUCUCGAUGAGUUUAAAGAAGCAGCGAAGAGUGACCCAUCUAUUGUACUGCUUUUGCAGUGUGACAUGCCAAAGUGAGGGUAUGCGAGUCAGCAUGGUCUGGACUGAAUAUGUUGUAACGUUUUAUUCGUGUUCAGCCAAUUUCCACAAGAUUACGAUGAAGUAUAUUUGGACUAUUCAGAUGAACCUGCUUCUUGUGGUUGAAAAUCUAGUAUGCAUGAGAAUGUCAAAUGCUAAGAGUUAUACAUCUUAAUUUAAUUUCAAAUUGCAACAAUGUAUGGUGUGCAAAAUAAAUGAGCCAUUUUCAUUUUCCCAUCGUUAGUCAGUGAAGUGCUCCACGGUAGACGUCACAUUUUUAGCUACAAUGCUUACAGAUCAUAUUUACCACAGUAGCUACUGUACUUCCUACGGUGGUUCAGGCAGUAAAAACAAAAUUUCACACUAAAUGUUUCACGUUUUAUCAAAACCGUAUGAUCUUAAAAUCAAGGAGGGUAGAGGGGUUAAUUAGCCUCCCAAAUGUGCUUGUACCUGAUUAUAAAUGUAAGUUAUUUGCAUGCAUGUACUAAGUGUAAAGUUUAAUCUUUAUCUCUUAUUUUGGCAACCUUGACAAAUAAUAUAAGGAGGCCUUAUAAAUGAUUACAUUAAUAAUACUAAAGAUGUGCAAGAUUUACAUGUGUGAUUCAUCAGCCCAUUAGAUCUCUUUCCUUGGAUGCAUGUUUCCCCCAAAAAACUACAGUGUGUAUUGUAUAAGCUAUCUGUAAGGGCAACGAUAUAUUGUGCAUCUUGUCUUGGACCAACUUAGCUUUUGUGUGUAAAGAGUCUAGUAGCUGUAACCUGAUAUACUCCGAGUUGACAUUUUAUCAGCUACACCUUUCUAGUGGUUAAUAAACUGGCAACUUUGUAUACACAAUUUUUUUACCACACACACCAAAGUUGGCACUGUUCUAGGUACUAUUUAGAUAUAUCCAAUAAAUCACUAACUCAAUGUCUUAAACACUGGCAUAUAAAUGACAGCUGCCCAACCACGUCACAUACAUUGCCUUUGAUUUACACAUUAAUCAUGUCAGUAAGCGUGUAUCAUACAGGAUGCGUGUAUGAAUGAGAAUAAUUAGUUUUGCGAAGUCAGUUGUCCCAUGUAAGUUCUUUCUAUGGAGGACUUUAUUAAUGCUUGUCCUUCCCAUAAUAAAGAAGCAAUCAACAACAAAUGUGCUUGGUACAGAAAUUCACACUAAAUGUUGUUUUUAUUAAACUUUUUUUGUAAAAUAUUUAUACACUGUUUAUUGAGAAAAAUGGUUUUUGCUAAUUAUUUGAGCCACAACAUAGUUUACUCACCAGAAACAAACAUAUUGCUGCUCAUAUACACUUAAUAAAUGGUACCAACAAAGUAUCUUGCUUAAAAAAUUGAUUGGUAUGAAAACAAGGGUAUAAAUAACCUAAGAUAUUUCUUUUGAUGAAUGCCCUCACAAAGACUGAAUGGACUAAUCUUUAAAUUUAAAAAAGAGUUCUCCUACUACAUUAAAAACCCUAACAUUAGGAAUGUAUUAUCCCACUAAUAUUGUAUAUCUUUCCAAUUUGUGUUGGCACAACUGGAAAAUGUGGUUGCUGUUUUCUUGCUUUCCACAUAAAAGAAAGCACCAAGCCAAUGCAUGUCCUAUAAGGCUCAGGAUGCUCCUCAGUUUUGUCUCCCGAGCUCCUUGUAAAAAAAAUAAAUGAAAAAAUAGAAUAAGGUGUCUGUAAAUCCCCAAAUUACAGGUGUAUAUCUUUUUCAUGUAAAUAUCUGUACCUAACAUGAAAAAUGAAUGAUCAAAUUUAAAUUUGAUUGUGCAGUAUGUUGUUUGUGUUUUAUUUGUGGCAUGUCUCAAACACACUAUGUAAUGGUUGCGCUGACAACAUUGUGAUUCCAAUCAAUAAACUGUCUAUGGGCUGUUUUCACAACA